AAGGGAGCCGCCGCCGCUGCUGCCGCCGGCCCAACCAAGCUCACAGUUCCUGCAGCUGACCUGCUGGAUUCAUGGGCCUCCUCCUCUGAACUGCAGUGCUCGGAGAAGAUGCCACCUCUCAGGAGAUCUCGAUCGCCCGCUUCGAAACCGCCUGUGCCUUCUGGGGGGCCAAAAGUUUGAUUUCAUCGAUAGCAGUCAUGCGCGAGACCUGUUCCAUAUCAUCAUCAUCAUCAUAAUCAUCAUCAUCACCAGCAGUCCCCUUACUCCCCCCCCCGAUGAACUCUACCAUAUACAUAUCUGUGAUAAUCUAAUAAUUUUUCCCAGCUUCUGA